AGCGGCUGAAAGCAGCGAGGAAAGUUUUCAAUCAAGAGGAAAAAUAAAAAGACAAAAUAUUUUAUAAUUUACCCAUUUUUUUUGCACAGUGGAGCCUUUUACUUUCAAAUAACGCCAUAAAGUCACACUUGAGGAUUAUUGUUGGACUUUUUUCCACUUAUUGGAUUUUAUUAUUUCUGCUCUGCUGUUUUUGUGAGGCAGGCAGCAGGUUUCACCAUGAAGCUGACAGGGAUUUUUUUGCUCUUGAUGCUUUGGACCUGCGAGGGUGUGCGUAUUGCAGAGUCCCGAGACGACAAUAGCGUGUAUGACUUGUUUGAUCUCGUCCAAGUCCCCAAGAAGAACCACGGGGUCACCCUGGUGAAAGGAGACGACCCAUACAGCCCCGCCUACAAGAUCCUCAACCCGGACCUGAUCCCCCCGGUUCCCGAGAGCGCCUUUAGGAACCUGAUCGAUUCCAUCCACGCCGAGAGAGGGUUCCUCCUCCUGCUCAACUUUAAGCAGUUUAAACGCACCAGAGGAAGCCUCCUGACCGUGGAGAAGCUGGACGGCUCCGGACCCGUGUUUGAGAUCGUCUCCAACGGCAAAGCGAACACCUUGGACAUAGUUUUCUCCACUGAGAACAAGCAGCAGGUGGUUUCCAUCGAGGAUGUGGAUCUGGCCACGGGCCACUGGAAGAAUAUCACGCUCUUCGUGCAGGAGGACCGCGCGCAGCUGUACGCGGGAUGCGAGGAGGUGAACACCGCCGAGCUGGAUGCGCCCAUCCAGAGCAUCCUGACCCUGGAGACCCCUGCCAGCGCGCGCCUCAGAGUUGGCAAGGGAGCUGUGAAUGAGAGAUUCAUGGGGGUCCUACAAAACGUGCGGUUUGUGUUUGGAACCACACUGGAUGCCAUCCUGCGCAACAAAGGAUGCCAAAACACCAUCAUGACUGACACCAUGAUCCUGGAGAACCUGAACGGCUCCUCAGCCAUCAGAACUGAGUACACCGGGCACAAGACUAAAGAUCUGCAGAUGGUGUGUGGCUUCUCCUGUGAGGACCUGAUCAGCAUGUUUAAGGAGCUGAAGGGUCUCGGUGUCGUGGUCAAGGAGCUGUCCAAUGAACUCCGCAGGCUGACUGAUGAGAACAGACUGAUUACCAAUCGUAUCGGCAUUCACAGCGGUGUGUGCAUCCACAAUGGCAUUGUGCACAAGAACAGAGACGAGUGGACCGUGGACGACUGCACCGAGUGCACUUGUCAGGACUCUGCUACCGUGUGCCGCAAGAUUUCCUGCCCAUUGAUGCCCUGCUCUAAUGCUACUGUUCCUGAUGGAGAGUGCUGUCCAACCUGUGGAACACUGAGCGACUUUGCAGAGGGCGGCUGGUCGCCUUGGUCUGAAUGGACCCAUUGUUCCGUGUCAUGUGGGCGGGGCAUCCAGCAGCGUGGGCGCUCUUGCGACCGUAUCAAUAACAACUGUGAGGGUACCUCUGUGCAGACCCGUGACUGCUACCUCCAGGAGUGUGACAAGCGAUUCAAGCAGGACGGCAACUGGAGCCACUGGUCACCCUGGUCCUCCUGCUCCGUCACCUGUGGUGCUGGUGUCAUCACCCGCAUCCGCCUUUGCAACUCCCCCACCCCUCAGCUUGGCGGCAAGGAGUGUGUGGGAGAGGGCCGUCAAACUGAGAAGUGUCAGAAGUCUCCAUGCCCGAUCAAUGGCAACUGGGGUCCCUGGUCACCAUGGGAUACCUGCUCUCUCACCUGUGGAGGCGGUGUCCAGACUCGUAAACGCUUGUGCAAUGACCCUGCACCAAAAUACGGUGGGAAAGAGUGUGUUGGUGAAGCCAAAGAAAGCCAGUUGUGCAACAAGAAAGCCUGCCCAGUUGAUGGAUGCUUGUCCAACCCCUGCUUUGCCGGAGCCAAGUGCACCAGUUUCCCUGACGGUUCUUGGAAGUGUGGCAAAUGCCCAGCUGGCUACUCUGGCAAUGGUAUCAAGUGUAAAGAUAUAGAUGAGUGCAAGGAGGUUCCAGAUGCCUGCUUCGAGUUUAAUGGUGUGCACCGCUGUGAGAACACAGAUCCAGGAUACAACUGUCUUCCCUGCCCUCCUCGCUACACAGGACCCCAGCCGUUUGGUAGAGGUGUGGAGCAGGCCACUGCUAAGAAACAGGUGUGCACACCCCGUAAUCCCUGCCUGGAUGGAAGCCACGACUGCAACAAAAACGCCCGCUGUAACUACCUUGGACACUUUGCAGAUCCCAUGUACCGCUGCGAAUGCAAGCCCGGCUACGCUGGCAACGGCCACAUCUGUGGAGAGGACACAGAUCUGGAUGGGUGGCCCAAUGCUGACUUGGUUUGUGUGGAGAAUGCCACCUACCACUGCACAAAGGAUAACUGUCCAAACCUCCCUAACUCUGGGCAGGAAGAUUAUGAUAAGGAUGGCAUUGGAGAUGCUUGUGACAAUGAUGAUGACAAUGAUAGCAUUCCUGAUGACAGGGACAACUGUCCAUUCGUAUACAACCCCAGGCAGUAUGACUAUGACCGUGAUGAGGUUGGUGACCGCUGUGACAACUGCCCCUAUAAUAGCAACCCAGACCAGACGGACACAGACAACAAUGGAGAAGGAGAUGCUUGCGCUGUUGACAUUGAUGGAGAUGGCAUACUGAAUGAGAAGGACAACUGCCCCUAUGUGUACAAUGUUGAUCAGAGAGACACAGAUCUGGAUGGAGUUGGAGACAUGUGCGACAAUUGUCCACUGGAACAUAAUCCUGAUCAGGUGGAUUCAGAUGAUGACCGUGUUGGAGACAAGUGUGAUAGCAACCAGGACAUUGAUGAGGAUGGACACCAGAACAACCUGGACAACUGUCCAUACAUCCCCAAUGCUAACCAGGCUGAUCACGACAAAGAUGGCAAGGGUGAUGCCUGCGACCAUGAUGAUGACAACGAUGGCAUUCCAGAUGACAAGGACAACUGUAGACUGGCCUUCAACCCUGACCAACUGGACUCUGAUGGUGAUGGACGUGGAGAUGCUUGCAAAGACGACUUUGAUCAAGACAAUGUCCCUGACAUCUAUGAUGUGUGUCCUGAGAAUUUUGACAUCAGUGAGACAGACUUCCGCAAGUUCCAGAUGGUUCCUCUGGACCCCAAAGGCACCUCUCAGAUUGAUCCUAACUGGGUGGUCCGCCAUCAGGGUAAAGAGUUGGUGCAGACUGUCAAUUGUGACCCUGGCAUUGCUGUUGGUUACCACGAGUUCAAUUCUGUGGACUUCAGCGGAACUUUCUUCAUCAACACAGAGAGGGACGAUGAUUACGCCGGCUUUGUUUUUGGCUACCAGUCCAGUUCCAGAUUCUAUGUUGUGAUGUGGAAGCAGAUUACACAGACUUACUGGUCCAACAAACCCACCAAGGCUCAGGGUUACUCUGGCCUGUCCAUCAAAGUGGUCAACUCCACCACUGGCCCAGGAGAGCACCUUAGGAAUGCCCUUUGGCACACGGGAAAUACCCCAGGACAGGUCCGCACUCUCUGGCAUGACCCUAAGAACGUUGGAUGGAAAGACUUCACUGCUUACAGAUGGCAUCUGAUCCACAGACCGAGAACAGGACUUAUUAGAGUUGUGAUGUACGAGGGCAAGAAGAUCAUGGCUGAUUCCGGGAGCAUCUAUGACAAGACCUAUGCAGGCGGCAGGCUAGGUCUUUUUGUCUUUUCCCAAGAGAUGGUAUACUUCUCAGACCUCAAGUAUGAAUGCAGAGAUGCCUAAGCGCACAGCGCAGUAAGCUCUGAGGAAUGCACCUUUUUUGUACAAAGUAUGAACUUAUUUUUUCUGAUGCAAAGUCCAGGGACCGAUAUCUCCGCAACUUUUUCUUCUGCGGUACGCACACUUGGACAGGGCGAGGGGCAUGUAUGUGGUCAGCCUUGGAGUAGCUUGAAGCAGGUUCAGACUUACCUGUUGACUACCUAAGGAUCAGAGAGCCCCUUCUUCUCCAUCCUUAACAUCCAUGGGAGCAGAGCGUGCUCUGGAAAAAAAAAACAAAAAAAAAACAAGCCCUCUACCUUUGCCAGUAGGACACAGACAACUUUCUAUCCCAGCUCUGCCUGCUUCCUCGCUCUCUGAAAGACCUCAUUUAUCUUUGUGCGGGAAUGCUCCCCAUAGAUAUCUAUGCACUUCCAAGCCUUUACAUCUCUCUCUAAGUCUACCCUCUUUAGCCUUGUGCCUUUCUACCUUACCUUCUGAAUGGACAUCCCAAAGAAAAGACUGAUGAAAUAUUCCAUUCAUUCCACCAGAUCUGCCAGGACUUGAAGGAUGAAGAUAGCAUUGAUAUCUUUAGGAAUUUUUGAGGACACAUGACUCUAGAAACCGUUGGGUGUGGAAUAAAGUGGAACUAAGGGGAGCAUAGUGUUGGUGUUCAUGGGUGUAUUGUAUGUGGACGACUGGACAAGAAUCAGGCAAGAAAGUGCCUUUACCCAUCUACUAAGAAUCUAUUUAGAAGUAUUAGAAAGAGAACUACAAUUUUUAUUUAGCUUGGCUCUCGUGAACUUACACUUAUUGACUUUUCUUGUCUUCUUGUUGAAAUAACUCUCAGGGUGAGAUGGAAGUAAGAGCCUUCCAAUUUUAGACUAAAAAGAUAAGGGUUGACAGAAAUUUUGCAGGGGCCCGUGAUCUCAAAGCCAAUAUUCCUUCAAAAAUAGCCUCCAUCUUAAAUGUAAAUUUGGUUGAUGAAGAAACUUCCCUCAGAUUAUGAGGAUGUCCAUUUGAAAUUAUGUAAAUACAUGUAAUUUAUUGACAUUUGCCUACAAUGUAGGCAGCUAAAGAAAUCUGAAUGCUUUAAAGAAAAGUUACAAAAACACAUCCAAUAUCAGACCUUAAACAGGUGAAGCUAGGAGUCAGAGACAUUAUGCAUGCUCUUGUCAAUAUCUUAUCAUCUCCCGCUGUACAAAGUGAAUUAGUUAUUCUUCAAAUAGAGCUAUUUAGCAUGAAGUGUAUAACUUGUGUGCCUUUUCUUCAGAGAGAGAUGAAAAACAAAGGAAAUCUUUGAUGUACAAAUAUUACCUCAUUGCUGUUGUAUAAUUUGAUCAAAAAACACAACCUAAGUACUUUUUCAUAUGCUUUUGAAAUGAUGGACGUUUUAGUGCUACUGUAGCCUGAGCUGUAAAUAGUAUGACAUUUUUUUCUUCAAACACAACAAUCUCCCAAACCUGUGGUCUACCCUGGUGUGAUUUACAGAACAAUGGGAGAUUUCUUUUUUUAUGAAUAAUAUUGCUUUAUCAUGAUAUGUCCAAUGCUGUUUUUAGCAGGUAAAUUAUUCUUCGGUUUUGUUGUAGCUGUUUGAAAGAUGGUUGAUUUAUGUGUGUGCGUGUGUGUAGAAAAUUGCUAUUUAAAUAAUUUAUCAGGAUUUGUUGCCUUGCUGAAGGCCGCGAGUCCUUCUGUAUAAACGGUUUGCACACUGACGUGAGGAUGUUCUGUUCUUUAUUGUUUUUACCUUCUUUGUUAUUGUGUAUCAAUGUUUCCAGUGUUUUUGUACGAUUAGUUUUGCUUUUCUGUAAACAUUUUUUCUUAGAUGUACAAAGCAAAAAUGCUGUUUUUAUUCAUAGCGGUUAUUUUGUUACAUACUUCCAAGAUAAUAAAUAGUUGUUAAAAUUCUCAA